UAACAAGGGAGAUGAGCUGCACCUGAGACCCAUGCUGGGUAUUUACCUGCGCCACUGAGCACGCUCCGGCUUUUUGUACCAGGAACCAGCGUUUGGUUCGGGCGGCCAAUAAACCCCCCCCCCCCCCAUGGAGGUGUAAAACUAAGGGGGAAAGAUGGCGUUUGCCAGCCUGGAGCUGGCCCUGCACCGAGUGCCCGGCGUGUGUGGGGAUGAGGAGAUCUACGGGGAAGGCUUGUCCGAAGGGGUAAGGAGCUCGGUAACAAGAGCUUACACUCUAAAAAAGGGAUAUCCUGCUCUUGUUGUACUACAGCUCCCAGCAUCCUCUCACAGGCUCUACUGCCCCCCUGUGUGGUCUGUGCCCCUCAUUGUAGCGGGCCGCAAAGGUUUCCCGCACGUGAUCUACGCGCGCUUGUGGCGCUGGCCGGACCUGCACAAGAAUGAGCUGAAACACGUCAAGUUCUGCCAGUUUGCCUUCGACCUGAAGUACGACAGCGUCUGCGUCAACCCCUAUCACUAUGAGCGGGUGGUUUCGCCCGGCAUUGGUCUGAGUAUCCCCAGCACCGCAACCACUCCAUGCCGGUCAGUAAAAGAGGAGUAUGCCCAUGAGUGUGAAAUGGAAGCAUCUUCGUGUCUCCCAACAUCCCAGGAACUUCCACCUGCCAUCAAACAUGCAUCCCUUCCUCCAAUGCCUCAGUCAGAGCCCUAUCGGCAGCCGCUGCCCCCACUCACCCUGCCCAAGAGCCCCCAGACUGCUAUCAGCAUGUAUCCCAACAUGCCUCUGUCUCCCUCUGUGGCUCCUGGUUGCCCCCUUGUCCCCCUGCAUGGCGAGGGGCUCCUACAGAUAGCUCCAUCCCACCCCCAGCAGAUGGUAUCCACAUCUCCGCCUUCCACACCGGGCCAGAACUCCCAGCAGAAUGGUUACCCUUCCCCACCCAAGCAGCCCUUCCAUGCUUCAUGGACUGGGAGCAGCACAGCCGUAUAUACCCCGAGCCCUGGGGGGCAGCAGAACGGCAGAGGAAACCAGCAACCUCCACUUCACCACCCAAACCACUACUGGCCCCUUCACCAGAGCUCCCCCCAGUAUCAGCACCCCGUAUCGAACCACCCAGGCCCAGAGUUCUGGUGCUCCGUUGCCUAUUUCGAGAUGGACGUUCAGGUUGGAGAGAUAUUUAAAGUGCCGUCUAACUGCCCCGUGGUCACGGUGGACGGAUACGUUGACCCCUCUGGCGGUGACCGUUUUUGCCUUGGCCAGCUUUCUAACGUGCAUCGCACAGACACUAGCGAGCGCGCACGACUUCACAUUGGGAAGGGGGUGCAGCUUGAGUGUCGGGGAGAGGGCGACGUGUGGAUGAGGUGCCUCAGUGACCACGCGGUGUUCGUGCAGAGUUAUUACCUGGACAGGGAGGCGGGGCGAGCGCCGGGGGACGCCGUGCACAAGAUUUACCCGGGCGCCUACAUUAAGGUGUUCGACUUGCGUCAGUGCCACCGACAGAUGCAGCAACAGGCGGCUACGGCUCAAGCAGCGGCGGCGGCCCAAGCGGCGGCCGUGGCCGGCACAAUACCCGGCCCUGGGUCAGUGGGUGGCAUCGCCCCUGCUGUCAGCCUGUCUGCUGCCGCCGGCAUCGGGGUGGACGACCUGCGGCGCCUCUGUAUCUUGCGCCUGAGUUUCGUCAAGGGGUGGGGCCCCGAUUACCCCCGGCAGAGCAUCAAGCAGACCCCCUGCUGGAUAGAGGUCCACCUUCACCGUGCCCUGCAGCUUCUGGAUGAAGUUCUCCAUACGUUGCCAAUGGCCGACCCCAGCUCCGUCAACUAACCAAUGGCAGACCCCGAGCUCUCGUCAGCCAGCCAAUGGCAGACCGGCUUCCAAGGCCCGGGUGAGACGUGACCAAGAACGAGCCAAUCAGGAUUCAUCAGAUUUUUAGCUCAAGAACAACCUUUGCUAUAGACUUGUGGUCUCGGCUGAACCAUUGGGCACGGGGGGAACCGCUAACCUCCCCUUGGAUCUUCCCGCUGAUGGGUGGAACCCGUCGGACUGUAGUUGGGCUGAUCCGGGCCCCGAGGCGCAGAACCUUGGGGUGACAGAGAGGAACUGUGUUUUUAUGGCUUAAAUGUCCCUUAUUUUUUUGGUCAGAAGAUUUAUUUUUGGUCUGAUAUUUAGCACUUGGCUCUUUGGUGCCUGGAGGACACCCCCCCAGCUGUUUCCCUGGCGUUUAAAGGGUAAAUAAAAUGCAGAUAGUAUAAAUGCUUUUUUUUAAUGUGCCGUUUAAAAUGAUGUGGCUACCUCAGCCCCCCCCUCCCCCCUCUGCCUGGGCUCCUCUCUCACUGCCCCCCCAGCCAUUUUGCCCCCCCAUUCCCGCCCCAUUGGUACUAACACGUGGCCUUUGCUGCUUUUCCAAUGCUUGGGAUUUGUUUGUUUUUUUAGCAGCAACCACAUUUAUUUGUUUUGUAUUGUGGUAUCAUUUCCAGGCCAAAUGUGCUACCGAACAGCAGCGCCGUGUGUGCAGCCCAAAGGGUUCCCAUUAUACAGAACCUGCCCAAUAGCUUCCGACGUAUUCUAAAUAAAAUAUUUAUGUACUGUUA